GCUCGUGAGCAAUCUCCAAACUCUGAUUGUUUAUUGAAACCGGCAUGUGUUCGGCGUUUAUUUUUUCAAUAUAAUAUCAUUUGGAAACAUGUCUGGAGAUUUCGAGAUCAUCGUUGGAACGUACGAACAGUUUUUACUCGGUUACAAGAUUCAUCAAGUCAAAGAUGAAUUAAAACUUGAACGUAGUUUUGCUACUCACAGUCACCAGUCCAGUAUACGUAGCGUUUCUAGCAGGAAACACUAUUUAGCAUCAGCUGGUGCCGAUGAUUUGGUAUCGCUCUAUGAUAUGCGACCUAGAGUUGAGUCAGGUAGAUUAGCGCAUCAUAAUGGGACAAUAAAUGUCAUAGAAUUUACACCAGAUGCAUCGCAUCUGUUAACGGGUAGCAGCGAUGGCAGUAUAUCCAUUGUGCGUUGUGGUAACUGGCAAUUGGAAAAGCACUGGCAAAAGGCACACAAAGGUUUCCCUGUAAAUACUUUAGCGAUUCAUCCCAGUGGAAAAAUAGCUCUAUCAGCAGGAGGGGAUGGUGUGCUUAGAACGUGGAACCUAAUAAAGGGGCGACCUGCUUAUGCUACAAAUUUGGUUCCAAGAAUGAAACUUCAAGCGAAACAUAUUUCUGUAAUUAAAUGGAGUCCUAAUGGAGAAAUGUACUUGGUGGCAGCGAACUGCAUGAUCGAUGUAUACUUUGUAGAGACAGCUGGUAUUGUUAACGAAAUCAAAUUUGAUUCAAAAGUUAUUUGUGCAGAUUUUUUAAACGAUGAUAAAAUUGUAGUCGGUCAUGAAAAUGGACAGGUUACGUUAUAUGAUAUUAAAAAUUCCACUAAUAUUUUCCAAGUAACCGUACAUGACAGUAGGGUAAAAUGUAUAUCAACACAUGGUCGCUUUUUAGUUACCGCUUCCAGUUCUGGAAAAAUAACUCUGUGGAAAAUUUUGAAAAGGAAAUUGAAUUUAUUGGCUAGUGUCAAAUGUGGAGCAAGAAUAACUUGUCUCACCCUAGCUUUGCCCUGUGAAGAUGUGAGGAUCAAAACAGACGAAAUAACAGAAGUAACCAAUACAGGGGAUUAAUAAAUCUAUUUCACAUUGUUCAACCCAGUGUCAAUAUCAAAACCGCUUUCCUUCUGUUUUUUUAAUUAUUGCACAAACAAAACUAGAAUUCAAAGCUGAAUUUUAAUAUCGAUACCAGUUGAACUCAGUUUCCACAUCGUUAAACUAUAAGUAUUAGAGCUAAAUUUCCACUGACUGCAUAAUGUUUCUAAAAUGCAGCAUAAAUCGGAAACAUCUUGAAUACUUUCAGUAUCUUCUUUUCAAGCCUUUAAUAUUCCCAUCCAAUAACUUCAGCACUUCUCUAGAGUAUUUUUCCACAUAUUACAUUAAUAAUCCCUUACUUUCCUUUCUUACAAAUUAUUAUCCUUCAAUUACUUACGAGCACUAAUUUUUUAGGCUAUUACCAGCGCGUGUAAUAAAUUAUAUACAUUUUGUCGAGGUCAGUCUAUGUACAGUUAAUCAAUGGGAAAUUCCAUAAGACGAUGUUUUGAAGAGAGGAUACUAAUCCGAACAAAUCUUGAUGUCUCUCCUGCUCCGAAGUAUCGACUUACUAUGCCCGAUAGUAAGUGAUUAUUAAAUUAUAUAACGCACUCACUGUCAUAAAGCAGCUUAUUCACA